GAUAAAGGUGCGAUCUUGACACGGCGCUUCCCAUGAGUCAACCGCCGCGGCCAUCUGGACCACCGCCGCCGCGUCCUGUUGGAGCUCCGCCACCAAGACCAGCAGGACCACCACCACCUCGUCCAACUGGAGCCCCGCCACCACGACCAGCUGGAGCCCCGCCACCACGACCAGCUGGAGCCCCGCCACCACGACCAGCUGGAGCCCCGCCACCACGACCAGCUGGAGCCCCGCCACCACGGCCAGCUGGAGCACCACCACCGCGGCCAGCUGAAGCACCUCCACCUCGACCUGCCGACAGCCCGUCGCCAUUGUCAGUAGGCUCACCACCGUCACGACCAGCUGGACCUCCUCCACCACGACCCGGAGAUCCAUCUCCACUAACAGCAAAUAAUUCUUUGGUACCACCCAAGCCAGCAGAUUCUCCACCUAAAACAACCGAACCUCCUCAUCAGCCAGCACAAUCCCCUCCAAAGGUGUCUACGUUCCCCCCAAAGCCGACAGAGACUCCGCCCCGAUCGACAGAAUCACCCUCCCAACCAGUGGAAGCUCCGCAAAAGCCAGUGGCAGAAUCGCCAGCCAAACGUGGAGAUCCUCAACCCGCCGCUGCAGCACUUGGGUCGCCUCCAAAGCACCCUGUUGUACGUCCACCCCCCGGUGCCCCCCCACCAUCGAACGUCAUUUCAGCAUCGUCACCCAUCGCGCCCCCUCCAGGCAUGCCUCCAACUGCAAUCGCCCCACCCGCAGGCCCUCCCCCUCCCAAAGGCACAAGCCCCAUCAAACCUCCACCAGGAGCCCCUCCUGUAAAACCACCUACAGGCGCACCCCCUAUAAAACCCCCACCUGGCGCACCUCCUUUGAAGUCAUCCACAGGGCCAGGUGGAAACAUCCCGGGGCCACCAAGUGCUCCCCCGCCUGGUCCUCCCGGACCACCCAAAGGACCACCACCUGGACCGCCUCCUGGACCACCUCCCGUUGAGCCAACCAAGACCGCGGCAGCGACUGAAGCUUCUGCCCCUUCGAGCAACCCCACUCCGUCCUCCCGCACGCUGGUGAAACAAGGUCGAUUGCACAUGACGCUGCUUGAAGCACGUGGGUUGUGCCGGCCUGGGGCUAAAAAGGAUGACGGGAAGAAAGCGUUCAAGGCCGACGUAUACUGCAAACUCAAAGUUGGCGCGACGACCAAGCAUGUCAAGGAGCUCAAGAGUCGCACGUGGAAGAAGAGCGGGCGCGACGUUGGGUUUCAAGAAGAAGUGCUGGCAGUCAACUUGGACCACCCCGAGAACAUGCUGACGGCGGCCAACGAUCUCCUCGUCACGGUGGAUGUUUGGGAUGAAAACAUGAUUGCGGACGAGCUCCUGGGGACGUGCGACGUGUCGCUCCUUCGCUUCAUGGACGGUCACACGCACAGGCAGACGGUGCCGCUUGUCCACAUCAAGUCGCGGCUCCCGGCGGGCGAAGUGGACAUGGAGUUUCACCUGGACAUUGCCGUGCCAGGCAUGUUGAGCAUCAUCGUCAUGGAGGGCCGGAAUCUGAAAAACAUGGAGCUGAUCGGCAAGCAAGAUCCGUACUGCAAGUUCGAGCACGGAUCGACGACAAAGCGGACCAAGACGAUCGACAAGGGCGGGACGCACCCGUAUUUUGGCGAAGAGGAGCUGUGUUUUUGGAUCACGCGCGAGUCGUGGGUGCACGACAUGGUCGUGCGGCUCUUCGACGAAGACGUGGGCAGCGACGACUUUAUCGGUGAAGGAUCGUUUUCGGUGCUCAAGGCGAUGCAAGUCCCUGGCGCGAUGUCGACAGAAAUCGUCAUCCCGCUCGCAAACGGCGGGAAACCUGCCGGCGAACUCUUUUGCAAAGCCCAGUUCUUCCCCGCGGGCCACUUGACCAUGAAGUGCAUCGCCGGCCGAAAGCUCCGCGAUGUCGACACGGUCGGGCGGCAAGACCCGUACAUGAAGGUAACCCUGGAAGGCGCGUGCAUCAAGAGCGUCAUGCGGACAGAAAUCGACACGGACGGCGGGAAAGAGCCCGAGUGGAAUCAAGAGUUUGAGUUCGACGUCGUCGAUCAGUUCACCAUGAUGGUCGAGUGCUGGGACCACGACGGAAUGGGCGACGACGACAUGAUUGGCGAAACGUCGCUGUCGCUGCUCCCAGUCUUCCGCUACGGGUACGUGGACGAGUGGGUGCCUCUCACGUUCCGGGGCAAGUUCGGGUCGUCCCAGAAAGCGGGCGACGUGCACAUUCAGUUGUCGUUUGUCGGGCCGGACGGCAUCGGAUAUCCUCAACACCAGGUCGGGAUGGACGCAUUCGAUCACAAGGAGCGGCUGACGAAGGAGACGGCGCAUCUCCGCGUCAAGGAGGCGCCUCAGCCGAUCGAAGUCGUGCCGACGCAUGUGAUCGUCCAGCAGGCCAAGACUGCAGCUGCAGCCGACAACACGAGCGAGUUCUCCGAAGACGACAUCUUGCACGCGUUCAAGUUUAUCGAUCUCGACAAAAACACGUUCAUCGGGGCGGCCGAGAUUCGCCACAUUUUGAUUUGCAUGGGCGAGCUCAUCACGGACGCGGAAGUGGACGAGAUGGUGCGCAUGGUCGAUCGCGACGGCGACGGGCAAGUGUCGUUUGAAGAGUUUCGGAAGCUUGUGAUUCACCCGGACCCGGGCAGCGUCGACUUCAGCAAAGCCAUCGACGCGCCACACGAAGUGCACCACCAUCAAGACAUCGUGACAGACGACGACCGGAAGCGCGACAUGGAAACCAAGAUGCAAAAGAAGGCCUUGUUGGACCGCUUCAUCGGCGACAACAACAUUACACUCGACGCGCUCCGGCGGGUGUUUGGCCGGUUCAAGAAAACCGACAAAGCCGGGCUCACGUUCGAGGAUUUCUACACGUUGUUCGAAGUCGAGCCCGUGGGUGAAUAUCGCAAACUGCAUGCGUUGUAUGCUGGCGACAAGCUCGCCGACAUUCGAGAGAUCUUGCUCGGCAUGAGCAACCUGCUUGAGAUUGACAAAGCGAUGAAAGCGCAGUUCUGCUUUGAAAUAUACGACGACGACCACAACGGGUUCAUCACGGAGGACGAACUGAUCAACAUCCUCCAGGCGACGCACAUGACGACGCAAGCGAACGUGAUCAAGAAAGCCCACACGAUCUUGAAGCAAGCCGACUCGGACGGCGACCACAAGCUCAACUUGGACGAGUUCCAUGUCAUCUCGAAAAAGUUUCCAAAUAUCAUUUUCCCCCACGUCUAGCGCGACGUCACUCGGACCAAAACACACUCGCAAGCCCUGCCGCCUCGAUUUAAAUAGGAUGUCUCGACUAAUGGUACACUCGAUCGAGGCGCAGCGACCGGCGGGUCUAUCGGUGGUCCUGUUGUCGCCCAAACAACCGGGCGAGGAACCGCGUCCGGAGGCGCUGGAACCCCCCCGGCUGCUUGGUUCCGUGGGACGUCAUGGUCGGGAGCACUGCCACGCUAUGGGGAUCGAAAACUUGAGCCCGCUCGUCCACGAACGAGCUGUAGUCCACGAUAGGCGUGACGGCGUACGUGAUGCGUUGGUUUAGGUGCAGCAU